CUCGAACACUUGAGUAGCAUGUUUGGACGGAGCAUGCAGGCGGUGCGGGCGGCGACGCGGACGGCGACGGUCGCGGGGGCCGGCCUUGGCGCGGGCUGGCGCGGGCUGGCGACGGGCGCGACGGACAAGGUCGCACCCUGGGAGGAGACUAUGAGCGAUGAGGACUUUGCCUUUAUGCGGGAGAUCCUGUCGGCGCCGUCGCCGGUCGGGCUGGAGGCGGCGAUGACCGAGGGUGUGCUUGCGCCGGCACUGGAGGCUGUGGCGCCGGCUGGCUGGGCCUUUAAGCGGUACAAGGGAUCGGCAUCGCUGGUGGUCGACACCGACCCGGGUAACCCCGACGACAAGCUGACCGUGAUGGUGGUGGGCCAUGCAGACAAGAUCCGGAUGCAGGUCCGGUCGAUUGCGCCCGACGGCAAGAUCUACAUCAACUCGGACUCGUUCCUCCCCGCCACCCUGCUCGGCAACAAGGUGACGCUCUUCUCCGAAGACGCAGCGUCGCCGGGCGCGUACCGCGCGGUCUCGGGCGGGACGAUCGAGGCGCUCGGUGCCAUCCACUUUGCAUCGGCGGCGGUGCGGAGCGGCGAGAAGGGUGUGUCCGGCGACUCGCUCUACCUCGAGCUCGGCGUCCACGGGCCCAAGGGCAAGGAGCAGGUGGAAGACAUGGGCAUCCGCGUCGGCGACCCGCUCCUGCUCGACCGCCCGAUUGAGCGCGGAGUGUGGCCCAACACCUUCAGCGGCGCGUACCUCGACAACGGCCUCGGCUGCUUUGUCACGGCGCAGCUGGCCAAGCUGCUCGCUGCCCAGCCGGACGCCCUCGACUCGGUCCGCCUCCUCUUUACCUUUGCCGCCUACGAGGAGAUCGGUCGGUUCGGCUCGCGGGUGCUCGCAGCGCGCGAGCAGCCCGACGUCAUUCUCGCCACAGACGUCAACCACGACUUUAACGGCGCGCCGGGUGUGGCCGACAAGCGGUACCCGCCGCUGACUAUGGGCAAGGGCGCGACGUUGGCAAGUGGUUCGGUCACCUCUGAGUCGCUCAACUCGCUCAUCAUGGCCGCGGCGGCGGACUACGCCCAGGGGAGCAUCCCAGUCCAGCGCGAUAUGUGUGGUGUCGACACCGGAACAGAUGCCAUGGCCGGCGUGCUCGGCGGCGUCGACGCCGCCGUCACCUCGAUUGGCUUCCCCAUUCGCUCCAUGCACACCGUUUCCGAGUCUGGACACACUGGUGAUGUUGUCGCUGCCAUCCACCUCAUCAAGGCCACCGUCGAAUCGUGCGCGGCCCGCGGCAUUACCCCGGCGUACUUUGAGCGCGCGCAUCCGCGCCUCGACAACGCCACGUCGCUCGCUGGGCCCGCCGUGGUUCCGGCUGACGACAGCGCAUAGUUGCAUGCUAGCGCGCUUACGCCGCAACAACGAGGCCGACGACGACAAGGGCGAGACACGCGCACCCCGUCAGCGUCAGCACGGCAUAAAACAGGGCC